UUAAUCUCAGACAAAAAACAAGAAUAAUGCCAAGAACUACAAAUUAAAUUUAAAACAGUAUUGUCAAAAAACAGGGUGCAUUGAAUGCAACAGCCAGCCAGAAAGCCUGCUAGCAAAACACAAAUGGAGUUUCUGCUCUUUUUACCAAAUGCUGCUAAGAAGACAACUUUUAUUCAAGUGGAGACUGAGGCCAAACUGCAGCAAACUGUGGAACAUAACACUGCAACAUCCAGAGGGGAAACAAAGCAACAAGACAAAAUGCUCAACUUUCUCUUGCGGUGCAUGUCUCCAUUGCUGAUGGUUGCUGUGCUUACAGCUGCGACACAGGGUGUUGAAAGCCAACAGGUUCCAACAGAUCCAGAGCCCACAGCUCCACUUCCUGUUUAUCCUGCAGUCAGCUUCCAGGUGCUCAAUGUAGACCAUGUCCUUCUGAGGCAGGACAGUCCUGGGUCGCAGAGGAACUCCAGCAUUAAGGCUCACACCCAGACGUUCCUCAUCACUGAUCCUGGUCCUGGACUUCUCCAGCCAGCUCUCAACGCGUCAUAUGGUCCACUGACCGUGGACGCCCCCAUUGCACCAGACCUGCUCCUUAGCGGCCGCAAAAUCUUGCCGGUCAUUUUAAGCCGCCAGGUGCGCUCCUCAUCACCGGUUGUUAAGAUCCUCUUCCACAUGCCUGGAGAAGCUGAGGUCAGGAUGAUGUCCGGUGAGGACGAGAUGAGAAAGGAAAAGGACCAAGCUCAUUGUGUGACGGCAUAUGCUUUUUGGGGGACGCGGGAAGUGCGCGGGGCAUGCCUGGUUUCUCACGGUGGCUUCUGUGUGGCGCAGCUAAAACCCGAACCAGCAUGGUUCAACUCGUCCACUCAACCCGGCAGCUCCAGCAAAGAGACAGAAAGAGCCACCUCCAUAAAGGGGCUCCAGGGGAACCUUGUGGAGGUCUACUUCCAGAGUCGAAGGGAUCGGACGGGACAGUGUGUGCCUCAGGAUAGCCUGCAACGAUUUGGGAGAGGCGGGGCUCGUGAUGGGACAGGGACGCCGAUGAGGAGGAUAGGAAGCGUGAACCUCCUUAAAAGCCCACCUGGGAACCCCACCUUUUUUCGCCUAAGGCUAGGGGGUGCUGUGGUGAUCCAGACUUCCUCCAAGCCCCUGAAGACUAACGAUACGGCGACUUUUAACGUCUUCCUGGCAAGCACCUCUACCUUGGAAAGCUUCACACUCAGGACAACGGUGAAGUCAGGACUGGUGUUCAGUGCGGUGCGACCCAGUGACGUGGCAUUAUGGGACGUCAAGGCGGAGCCCGGCAGAGUCGCCAUACCCAACACUGUGUCUUUUGUGUGCCGGAGGAAGGUCGCUAUCACUGCAAAGAGGGGUCUUUUGGAGGUUCUCCAAGUGGACUUUGUGGUAAAAGACGUCUCCGAGCAGGCCGAGACUCACGUCAUCUCCUGGCGACUGGAUCAGCCCGGGAACGUCAGGGACGUGGGCCAGAUGCGGAUCUAUACCAGCCAGAGAGACUACGUGGGGCUGGCCCCUCUUGUCAUGAGCUCCGAGCUGUUGAAUACUGCAGUAUUGACUGGUAAAAUGGUGAAAGUACCUGUGAAAACUUUUGCUGUGGACGCCAACGGCUCCGUCACUGACGUAAGCAGCUUUGCCAGCUGCAGAUCCACCGACAAAGAGGUGCUGAAGGUGUCUGAGCGCUGCGACUACGUUUUUGUGACGGGCAAGGAGCCCAGAGGGAAGAGCAGAGUGAUGAUCAACUUCACGCACGCCUUUCUGAGCGCGCAGCUGGAGAUGAGCGUCUGGACGCCCCGACUGCCGCUGACCAUCGAUGUGGCCGACCCUGAACUCAACCAAAUCAAGGGCUGGAGAGUCCCCAUUACAACCAGCAAUCGCAAGCCCACUUGGAAUAGCGAAGAGGAAGAGGAGAUGAGGAAGGGCAGGGGCUGCAUGCUGCAGUACCAGCACUCCACACUCAGGGUGCUCACACACUUCGUAGCCGAGGCCGACUCGGAGGUGCUGCUAACCGGGGCGAAGCCUGUUGAUUACUUUCUCGGUCCUGACUGGCAGGUGGAUGUGACCAAUCUAGUGCGCUAUUCUCUAAAAGUGGCCGACCCAGAGGUGGCCAGGGUUCAGGACGGAGCGGUGCUGCAAGGGCGGGCUGUGGGUCGCACCGCUGUGCAGGUGGGACAUUCUUUACGUAACAUAAACGUGACGUACGUUGCAUACCACUGCGGAUUUUUCCUGCAGGUGCUGUCCCCCCUCACGUCGUCGGUCCUGGCCGAGAGGAGUGUCGCAGUGGUGGACGAUAAAGUGAGCGUUACGGAGCUGGGGGUACAGUUGGUGUCUGGACUCUCGCUGUCCCUGCAGCCCAGCACGGCCAGCAACAGUGCCGUCGUUGCCGUGGCAACCACCCGAGAGACCAUCACGCAGGUCAAACAGGAAGCUGUCGUCAGCUGCUGGGUCCAAUUCAGCGACGGCGCCGUCGUCCCGCUGACCAUCUUCGACCGCGGCGUCUACUCCCUAACUGUUUCCACGCCGGACGAGGACGUGGCCACCGUCCGCCGCAGCCCGCCGUCCACGUUUGUGUUGGCGCGGGGCGCAGGCGAGGGAAAAGGGGCUCUGGUCAAGGUGGAGCUGAGGAUCUGCGAGGAAUGCCAGAAGUCCAAGAGGAAGAGCAAGCUGGCGGUCGGCACGGGGCUGCUGCGGAUCGACUUCCAGGGCGGCGGCCCGCCCGGUCUCGGCCGCGAGACGAGCGGCGGGGGUGCGGCGGAAAUGGUGGGAGAGGUGAAGACGACGGUGACGACGCGGCAAGUGCUGACCGAUGCGGGGGAAGCGUUUGUAGGGACGCAGCCUGAAACGAGCACAUUGUUUGUCGCAACGGUGCAGUCGGCUGUCGCCCAGACUGAAGCAACUUCUCAGCCGACGGUCAUCACAUCUCCGACAGUACAGAGCUCCCUGAGUACCACCAAAUGUAGCGAUGCCACACUCGGUGUGCUUGAUAAAGAAGAAGGACAGAGGAGAAGCUUUGGCAACAUGCUAGACAACCCAAAUUCCCCGCCAAACAAAGCGGACGUUGCAUCCAAGCAAGAGCCUCCGAAAUCCCCCAAAUUCAUUGAAAGCGACUUAAUACGCACAUUCCGAGCCAUGUCCGACUUGGAAAUUUGUAUUUAUUCCUUGGUGGGGGUGUUGUGUAUCGCCAUCUUGGGCUUUUUGCUUAACUGCGCGUCCUAUCGGCUCUGUUUCCGCAAUCAUAAAACCCCCAUACAAGCAGGGCUGACACCCAUCGUGGACCCGAAGGAUCACAAGCACGACUGGGUGUGGCUCGCCAGCAACAACCAGCACCCAGCUCCUCCGGGCGGAGCACCUCCUCAAGUGUCAACGCUCACCCGCAGCGCCCCGAGCACCAUGGCCGCCAUCAAUCACCCCACCGCCACCGAAAGAACCGCCACUUUGGGCCGCAGUCGAACCAGCUCCCAGCAGCAUCUGCACAGGAAGGUGGUGGACCCCGUGGCCAACCGCUCGGCCACCCUGCUGGCCAGGCCGCACCGCAGCGAGCCGCUGCACUCGCCCACCAGUAAGAGGAACCAGGUGCAGUUCACCACCUUCACCACGCUGGACAUCAAGCACUUGGCGGCGCUCAAGAAGAACGGCGUGGACUUUCACUGGACCAAUCAGCAACUGCAAGAGCAGCAGCAGGCGCCACCGCCACCACCCCCUGUUGAGCCACAGAUCCCAUUACCUGACAUGCCAUGGCCUGUUGUUAAACCCCUUGUAGAGACUCAGUAGUGUUUAUCCACGUGAAAAGCAUCGUAUAUGAAAAGUAAGGAUGUACUGUAAAUACAGAAUGUACUGCUGGUGCAGAUAUAAUGUGGGGCCUGUAAAUACAAAAUCAUUUCUAUACUCCUGCUUUAAAACACUUGCCGAUGCAGUAUAGGAGAGAUUAUUUUUUGUAAGUAAUGUAUUUUCUUUGUUUUUCAAGAUUCCCAAGAACACCUAUGGACUUUAUGCAAUUGGUCAGAGAAUAUGCAACAUUUCUUAUGUUCAUUUUAGCAAUAUAUAUGAAAAGUAUGUGCUGAAAAUGUCAUUUCUGCCCAUUAACCUGUUUAUAUUAUAGUAGUAGUUAUUUAUACCACUGAUGGGAAUUUCAAUAAUUCUUUGUCGCAAAAGCAGGGGUUUUCAAAGUGUGGGAGAGUGAGACUCCCCUUAAACAACGUAAGGCGUUUUGGCUUUUAUAUUAUUGUUUUUUUAGCAAUAAUAUAAAUCAUAUUUAUGUCCAUUUAGCAAUAAAAACAAGUUUCAUUUAAGCAACAGAGCCACACAAUCGACAAAAUGAUGAUUUGGAACAUAUCAGGUAACACUAAAAGCAUUCAUUUCUGCACAGUUUUGCAUUUCUACUUAUCUAGAGUGCAUUGCUUUGCUGCUAGAGUGCAGGAAAUAACCAGCGCAAACUCUGUUGUGAUUUUUUUCUCAGGGCGGGGGUGUCCAAACUUUGCCACAUGAAAAAUGAAAUGAUGCAAGGGCCACUUAGAUAUUUUGUAAUAUGCUAAGAAGUUAAUAUACUGUAUAUUGAAAGAAAAAAACUGCAUGUAUCACCUUAACUCUCUUCUUUUUUUUACAUUGUUGCUAUUGUUUUUGUUUUAUUUUCAAUUUUCCAAAUAUUUCAACCUCUUAAAUAAUAUUUAAUCCUUAAAUAAUUUUUGUACAUUUUCUUUUCGGAAUAUCAUGACUUUAUUUCCCAAUAUUUUGACUUUAUUCCCAUAAUAUUCUUACUUUUCCCCAACUUAUUUUCCCAAACAUUACAAGUUUAUUUUGUUUUGUUUGUUUCUCAUAUUGUUACGACUUCAAAAGAAAACAACUUAUUUUUUCUUCAAUAUUUCAACUCUACGGUACUAAAAUGACGAUAGUUUUCCUCAUAAUAUCACUACUUUAUUCUCUUUAAAUUGUGACUUUUUUUCUUGUUAGAAGACAACGUUUUCCUCCAUAUAUUUUGACUUUAUUUUUGGAAAAUUCUACAUCUUUUUUUUUUCUAUUUCUGCAGUUCGCUUUUGUUUUUUUGGGGGGGCGUUUUAUUUUUUUCUCAUAAUAUUAUGACUUCACUGCCAUAAACACAAAAAUGACAAAUGUAUUUUGUUUAGUUCGUUUCUCCUAAUACUAUGACUAUUUUUUCUUUAAUAUUUUAACUUUAUGCUACUAAAAUCACUUUCUUUCCUUCAUUUUUUCUUGUUCAUUCUUGUAAAAUUGGGACUUUUUUCUCAUUAGAAUAUGAUUUUUGUCUUUUAAUAUCUUGACUGUCUUCUUGUAAAAUUACAGCUGUUAUUUUUCCAAUUUUUAAAUUUUCCAUUUCAACUUUCUUCUUGAAAAUGUUCUUCUCGUAAUAUAAUGACUUUAUUUGCACAAUAUUUUGACUUAAUCCCCAUCAUUUAAUAACUUUUACCUGAACAUAAUUUUCCUAAAUGUACAACUUUAUUUGUUGUUUUGUUUGUUGUUGUUUUUUUUUUUUUUUUAAAGAAAACAACAUUUUUUUCUUUAUUCUUUAAACUUUAUGCUACUAAAAUUAUGGUAUUUUUUCCCUCAUAAUAUUACAACAUUAUUCUUGUAAAAUUAGGACUUUUUCUGGUUAGAUUACAACUUUUUGCUCUUAAUAUUUUGACUUUAUGUGCUUUUUUUUUUACCGUUUUUUUUAUUCAAACGCUCCAACUAUUUAAACGUUCUUCUUGUAAAUUUUUGUCUCUGAAUUCUGACUUUAUUUCCAUAAUAUUUUGACUUUAUUCUCAUAACAUUCUAACUUUUUUUGCAACCUAAUUUUCCAAAAUUACAACUGUAUUCAUUAUUUUGUUUCUCGUACUCUCACGAAUUGAACACAAUAACACCUUUUUGUAAUAUUUCAACUUUAUGCUACUACAAUGACAUUAUUUUUCCUCAUAAAUUAUUCUCGUAAAAUUACUUUUUCUCGUUAGAUUACAGCUUUUAAUAUUUUGACUUUAUUUUUGCAAGAUUACUGCUGAUGGCAGCACUACUGCUGUUUUCUUGUUGAAUUAUAUUUUUUAAAUGUGCUGCGGGCCAAUAAAAAACAGCCACCGGGCACAAAUGGCCCUUGGGCUACACUUUGGACACCCUUGCCUUAAGAGAACGAUAUUUUUUAGAAGCGCUUCCUACUGCUUGUUGCUAUAAUCUACUCAAUGACAUUGUCUGCUACUAGAGUGCGGGUUGACCAGAGCACGUACUGGUGGUUUCCAUGAGUGUUUUUGUUGUUGUUAGUAGUGCAUCCCAAAGCUACUAUCUACUCACUAAAUUUGUGUGCUACUAGAGUGCAGGAAAUAACCACACUCAGUCUCUGUGUUGCUUUGCUUUAGGGAAGUGAUGUUUAAUAACCAGCGCAUUCUCAUCACUUGUUGCUAAUAUAGACUCGCUGAGUUAGUCUGCUACUAGAGUGCAGGAAAUUACCAGACUCUGGUGCUAUUCUCUUGGGAGAGAGAUCUUUAUUCGCAGUGUAUCUCACUGCUUGUUUCUAAUAUGUACUCUCGAAGUUUGUGUGCUACUACAGUGCAGGAAAUACAUGCACAGAAUAGUCUCUGUGGUAGGUUUUGGCUUCCAUUUUGAAAACCUCUGCUCUGUAGAAUGAAAGCAAAGAAUAAUGAACAUCUUUUCUAUGUACAUACAGUAUAAUAUAUCAUGAAGCCUUUUAUAAUGUAGCAGCUUAUAUUAUUUUGAAAUGAAAAUGUUACAUGUGCUUCCUUGCAAAUAUUGCCAAUAAA